ACUAUUAUUUUUUUGGCAUAACUGAGCUGAAGUGUCACUUAUACUUUAUUUGCCAUUAUACAUUUCCUGAACAUAUUCAUAGUUCCUAGAUAGGCUUUAAUAAAAUUCAUCCAGACUAUUUCAGCUGCAAAAAUUGAUCAUUCAGAAAGGAUCAUGCUGUUGACGUAAGAAACAUGAGAAUGGCAACAAAAACACUUUUUGUCAGCAACAGGGAGCUACUUAGUUUACAAAGGUUGGCCAAAACAGAGAUCAUUAGUAUAUAAAUAUCUUUAAAGAAAAAUCUAGGGCUUUUCACACUUGAAAUACAGUAGUCAUCAUUAUACUGAACAGAGCAGUCAGAAUCUUUUCAAAAUAAGAUAGAAAUUAAGAAAUAUGUUUGAAACAAUUUGAGGAAGUAAAUAACGACAGUCUUCAUUUUUGGGUAAACUUUUCCUUUAAUGCCAUUGUAACAGUCUCCGGCAUGCUAACAAGGAUGCUAAACACUGCAGCCUCUAGCGACCGUCGCUAGUGCGCCUCUUGAGGAAAGGAGAAUGAGGUUUACUCACACAGCUCUUAUUAGCUGACCUCUGUUACACUCACCCCCUUAAACCUCACACCUAUCCGGGUCAUGGCACCGAAUGUAACUGGUCCUACUCUACCUGCUCAGAGCGGGAUUCAAACCAGUGUCUCCGGCGUGAGAGACGGGUGCACUAACAAGGAUGCUAAAGACCGCAGCCUCUAGCGUCCAUCGCUAGUGCGCCUCUUGAGGACAGGGGAUUGAGGUUUACUCAUACAGCUCUUACUAGCUGGCCUCCAUUACAGUCACCCCCUUAAACCUCACUCCCAUCCGGGUCAUGGCACCAAAUGUAACUGAUCCUACUCUACCUGCUCAGAGCGGGAUUCAAACCAGUGUCUCCGGCGUGAGAGACGGGUGCACUAACAAGGAUGCUAAAGACCGCAGCCUCUAGCGUCCAUCACUAGUGCGCCUCUUGAGGACAGGGGAUUGAGGUUUACUCAUACAGCUCUUACUAGCUGGCCUCCAUUACAGUCACCCCCUUAAACCUCACUCCCAUCCGGGUCAUGGCACCAAAUUUAACUGGUCCUACUUGACCCGCUCAGAGCGCGAUUUGAACCGAUAUCUCUGGCAUUAGAGGUAGGUGCGCUAACAAGGAUGCUAAAGACCGUAGCCUCUAGCGUCCAUCGCUAGUGCGCCUCUUGAGGACAGGGAAGUGAGGUUUACUCACACAGCUCUUACUAGCUGGCCUCCAUUACACAAUAUCCAAUAAGAAAUAUUUAAAUAUUUCAAGCUUGAACCUCUUGAACUUUACUUUGUGCUCUGCCUUGUGGCUAUGACAGGCUUGUAGAGGUAGAACAAAAAAGGGUCACUGUAAAAAAAAAAAAAAAAAAAAAAAAAGAAAAAGAAAAAAACAGGCAGAGAUAGAAUAACGGAGUGUGUCUGAGAGGGAGGGGGAGAGCUUCUAAUCUCAGGAGCUUCAGCAGUAGGCCAGCCUGGCUGCUCUCAAAAUGCUGUGUCAUCUAGUCUGUAUGGGGCUUUUCUCUGUUUGUGUGUUUUAGCCACGAGAAGAGCUUGUGUCCUGGCUUUGAUUGUGCACACACAUCAGUUAUUACAACAACAGAGUCUGAUGACAAAAUCAAAUAAUGCUUUGGAAAAGAAGAAGAUUAGGAGCACUGAUGAUGUCAAUAAUUGUUUAGUGUGAGUUUUUUUGCUGCAUAGACUUUUCCUUGCAGAAGCAUUAAUUGCAGCAAGUACAGUGCCAUUCUUUGCUGAGUCACUGUACUGUAGAUGUGCUAAAUUAUGUUUGUGAUGCUUUUCCAUUACUUUAUUCAUUAUGAAAGAAUAGGGUAUGUACUAAGAUGUUUUGUUCUUGUUGAUUAUCAUUACCAUGUCAUCUAAUGUUUGAAAAGCUUACACACUCUCAGCUUUAGAUCUUAGCUCAUCUGUUUGUGUCAACUGUUUGUGUUUACAUGUCAACAUUGUUUUUAAUAUCACACCUUAUUUUUGAGAUUACACACUUACAUAAACACAUGUGAAGCUAUAAAAUGUCUGCCAAAAUUCUGUCAGAUAUUAAUGAGCUGUCAUUCUCACAUUUAAAUACCUUUGCAAGUUUUUUACACAUCAUAGAAAUAGGUAAUAGAUAGUGACUGAUCAGGUAGACUAACCAAUGAUUUAAUCAUUCACAUAAUCUCGUUUUCACAAGCCAAUAACAAUACAUUACGUUAUUUACAUUACAUUACAUUAUCACACGUUAUAUGUCUUCUUUGUUUUGCUUUGUUGUUGUUGUUGUUGUUGUUUUUUUUUUGUCUUGUUAGGGCCCGAGCAUCGAUGGUGCAAGGACUCUAUUGGAAUUGCUCCGUUUAUUAUUAUUAUAAUUAUUGCCCGAAAUGAAUCACAUUUUUGAAGGACUAAAUAUGCUCAAACUCAUGAAACUUUGCACACCUGUCAGAAAUGGUGGAAAUUUACAUCUGAUAUGGGUUUCAGAAGUCAGUGUGGCAAAAAAGCCUCAAUAGCGCCACCUACAAUAUUUUUGUCAUGAGUUUUGUCUUGUUUUUUGUGGGGUUUUUUUGUUUUUUUAACACUUUUACUUUUUUAUAUAUGUCUAGGGGAUAUAUUUAUAUAUGAAAUGAUGGAUAAUUAUUAUUUUGCACUGGAAAUGGCUAAAAAUAUAAAGCCAAGUCCAGACCACAAGAGCAGGUUUGUGGCAUUUUGUGCCAUUUUAGCAUGAUGAAUUAGAAAUAUGGAGUCAUAAAUGGGAAUCUGUGGGUUCAUUUAGCUAAAAACUGACAGGUUGUAAAUUGUUUUUAUGGAUAGCAUUUGGAGUCAUCAUGUUGAGACACUUAGCUAAAAAAAAAUUACAGUGGUUAGAUAAAUUACAGGGAAAGAGAGGCAACCAAGGUCCCAGAGUGCAUUUCUCUCAAUUUAGCUUUCUCGUGCCAUUUCUGUCCUUGUCUUUUACACGUUAUUUUGCAUUUCACUUCUUUACAUCUCUUUCUCUCUUAGUUUAUACUGUCUGCAUCUGUCUCUUACCUUCAAACAUCCCAUAAGUGGGCACAAUUUGUACUUAUCCCGCAUUUUGAUUGGCUCAGGCACCCCGUGGGACUUACGGGGGAUGGGAUGGGCUGGAGGAAAGACAGAAGGAGGUAGAAGUGAGGGAGGGGUACUUUUCACAUCGCAGUUUCCCUGCGAACAGGGAAUGAGCAAGUGUGAGAGAAGGAGUGAGUGGGUGAGCGAGAGAGAGAGGAUCAAAACAGAGAAACCACACGGUCAGCAAGCAGCACUGCAGACUUAGCCGAGAGGAGAACAGAACUAAAUCCUGAAGUCUUGCAGCUGGUCAAAUCCAACUGGACUGACCUUGCGCAGCACACGCGCACACACACAGGAAACCAACGUGACAGAAUCCAGUGACAUGGACACAGCCCGGUCCAUCCAACACGAGAUCACCUCUCUCAAAGAUGAACGGGAUCGAGUACAGAAAAAGACCUUCACAAAAUGGGUGAACAAGCAUCUCAUGAAGCACUGGAAGGCAGAGGCCCAGCGACACAUCACAGACCUGUACGAGGAUCUCAGAGAUGGACACAACCUCAUCUCGCUGCUGGAGGUGCUGUCUGGAGAGACACUGCCGAGGGAGCGAGACGUUGUCAGGAAUUCACGGUUGCCCAGAGAGAAGGGUCGCAUGCGCUUUCACAAACUACAGAAUGUACAGAUCGCACUGGACUUCCUCAAACAUAGACAGGUGAAACUGGUAAACAUAAGAAAUGACGACAUCGCGGAUGGAAAUCCAAAACUGACCCUUGGGCUAAUAUGGACCAUCAUUCUUCACUUCCAGAUCUCCGAUAUCCAGGUGAACGGUCAGUCAGAUGAUAUGACCGCCAAGGAGAAGCUGCUCCUGUGGUCUCAGCGGAUGGUUGAGGGCUACCAUGGCCUGCGGUGUGAUAACUUCACCACCAGCUGGAGAGAUGGCAGGCUCUUCAAUGCCAUCAUCCAUAAACACAGGCCGAAUUUGAUUGACAUGAAUAAGGUGUACAGACAGACCAACCUGGAGAAUCUGGAGCAGGCCUUCAGCAUAGCAGAGAGAGACAUGGGGGUCACACGCUUGCUGGAUCCUGAAGAUGUGGAUGUGCCACAUCCAGACGAGAAGUCCAUCAUCACGUAUGUGUCCUCUUUGUAUGAUGUCAUGCCAAGAGUUCCUGACGUUCGUGAUGGAGUCAAGGCCAAUGAGUUGGAGUUGCGCUGGCAAGAGUACUACGAGCUGGUGACCAUGUUACUCCAGUGGAUCAGGCAUCACAUUAUUGUGUUUGAGGAACGCAAGUUCCCUUCCAGCUAUGAGGAGAUUGAGGUUCUUUGGCGUCAGUUUCUGAGGUUCAAAGAGACGGAACUACCAGCCAAGGAGACUGACAAAAAUCGCUCCAAGCUUAUUUACAAGUCAUUCGAGGGUGCUGUGCAGGCAGGUCAGGUCAAGGUUCCCCCCAGCUACCACCCUAUUGAUGUGGAGAAGGAAUGGGGCCGCCUGCACGUGGCCAUUCUGGAACGAGAGAAACUGUUACGCUCAGAGUUUGAACGGCUGGAGCGUCUGCAGAGAAUAGUCAGUAAGGUGCAAAUGGAGUCAGGUUUGUGCGAGGAACAGCUCAACCAGGUGGAAACACUGUUACAAACGGACAUACGUCUGCUGGGCGCGGGAAAGCCUAUCCAGCAUGCGUCUGAGAUAGAGACAGAUCUGAACAAGGCUGAAAACAUGAUCCGAUACCUUUUUAACGAUGUGCAAUUACUUAAAGAUGGGCGCCAUCUACAGGCAGAACAGAUGUACAGGCGGGUGUACCGUCUCCAUGAGCGUCUGGUUAACCUGCGCAGUGAGUUUAAUCUGCGUCUGAAGUCUGGUGUGACGGUGUCGCAGGUGCCCAUGACCCAGGUGGCUAUGACCCAGAUCUCCCACGCCCAAACAUUACAGCAGUCUCCUCAGCGAGUAAGACCUGAGCUCGACGAAGUCACUCUCAAGUACAUUCAGGACCUCCUGUCCUGGGUGGAGGAGAACCAGAGGCGCAUUGAUGGGGCUGAGUGGGGCGAAGAUCUGCCCUCUGUGGAGUCUCAACUCGGUAGCCAUCGUGGCCUUCAUCAGUCCAUCGAGGAAUUCAAAUCCAAGAUUGACCGCGCACGGGCUGAUGAGAAUCAGUUGACUCCAGUUAGUAAAGGAGCCUAUCGAGAAUACUUGGGCAAACUGGACCUUCAAUAUGCCAAACUGCUGAACUCAUCCAAGUCACGCCUGAGGAGUCUAGAUCAGCUGCACGCUUUUGUCGUGGCCGCCACAAAAGAGCUAAUGUGGUUGAAUGAAAAAGAAGAGGAAGAAGUGAACUAUGAUUGGAGCGAUCGAAACUCCAACAUGACCGCCAAGAAGGACAACUAUUCUGGUUUGAUGCGAGAUCUUGAACAGAGAGAGAAGAGAGUGAACAAUGUCCAGGUGACUGGAGACAAACUGUUGAAAGAUGGUCAUCCUGCCAGGAAGACUAUAGAGGCUUUCACUGCAGCUCUUCAGACUCAGUGGAGCUGGAUCCUUCAGCUAUGCUGUUGCAUUGAGACUCAUCUGAAAGAAAACACCGCCUACUUCCAGUUCUUUUCAGAUGUUAAAGAGGCUGAAGAAAGGAUGAAGAAGAUGGAGGACACAAUGAAGAAGAAAUAUGUGUGUGACCGCUCAAUCACGGUUACACGGCUAGAGGAUCUGCUACAAGACGCUGUGGAGGAAAAAGAACAGCUAAAUGAAUUCAAGACACACCUGGAGGGUCUCAACCGAAGAGCCAAGACCGUUAUCCAGCUGAAGCCGAGGAAUACCGCUCACCCCGUCAAGGGCAAAUUACCCAUUCAGGCUGUCUGUGACUUCAAACAAAUGGAGAUCACGGUACACAAAGGAGAUGAGUGUGUCCUGUUGAACAACUCCCAGCCGUACAAUUGGAAAGUGCGAAACUCCAGUGGAAAUGAAGCCACAGUACCGUCCAUCUGUUUUAUUGUCCCUCCCACCAACAAAGAAGCUGUGGAUGUCAGCUCUGGUUUGGAUGCGAGUCUGCAGAGGCUGAUGGUUCUCUGGCAAAAGCUACAUGUUGAUAUGAAGAGCCUGCUGUCUUGGCAGUAUUACAUGAGAGAUAUCCUGCUUAUCAACUCCUGGAAUUUUAUCAUGUUCAAGACUCUGAGAGUCGAGGAAUAUCGACUGACCCUGAAGAACCUGGAGCAGCACUAUCAGGACUUCAUGCGCGACAGUCAGGAUUCUGAGCUAUUCGGAGCUGAUGAUCGCUUGCAAGCUGAGAACAGUUACAGCAAAGCCACUCAACACUAUGAUAACCUGCUACGCUCCGUUGAACAAGAACCUGUUCUCAUUCAAAAGGGCAGCGCACUGGGGGAACAGGAUGAGUCAGUUUGCAAGAGUUACAUCACUCAGAUAAAGGACCUGAGAUUGAGACUGGAAGGCUGUGAGAACCGCACAGUGAACCGCCUCAGACAUCUGGUAGACAAGGAGCCUCUCAAAGCCUGUGCACAGAGAGCCACUGAACAGAAGAAAGUGCAGACUGAGUUGGAGGGUAUAAAAGAAGACCUGGAUAAGAUGGUGGAGAAGAGUGAAGCAGUGCUGGCCACAUCUCAGCAGUCCAGUUCAGCCCCUGUCCUACGCUCAGAAAUUGACAUCACCCAGAAGAAGAUGCAACAUGUCUACAGUCUUUCCUCUGUGUAUCUCGACAAGCUGAAGACCAUUGACAUGGUAAUCCGCAGCACAAAGGGAGCAGAAGACAUUCUCAACAAAUAUGAGAACCAGUUGCGUGAUGUGAACAAAGUUCCUGUUAAUGAGAAAGAGAUUGAAGCCACUCAAACACAGCUCCAGAAACUGCGCUCAGAAGCGGAGGGCAAGCAAGCCACAUUUGACCGUCUGGAAGAGGAGCUUCAGAGGGCUACGGCGGUGAAUGACCGUAUGUCUCAGCUGCACAGUGAACGUGACAUAGAGCUGGAGCACUACAGGCAGCUGGUGGGCAACCUGAAGGACCGCUGGCAGGCUGUGUUCGCUCAGAUUGAGCUGAGGCAGCAAGAACUUGACCUUCUGAGCAGGCAGAUGCAGGCUUACAGACAGAGCUAUGACUGGCUCAUCCGCUGGAUAACAGAUGCCAAACAGAGGCAGGACAAGCUCCAUGCUGUACCCAUUGACAGCAAAGCCCUUCAAGAGCAGCUGACCCAGGAGAAGAAACUGCUUGAGGAGAUUGAGAAGAACAAGGACAAGGUGGAUGAGUGCCAGAAAUAUGCUAAAGCAUACAUCGAUGCCAUAAAGGAUUAUGAACUCCAGCUGGUGACUUAUAAAGCUCUUGUGGAGCCCAUCGCUUCCCCUCUGAAGAAGACAAAAAUGGAGUCUGCAUCUGAUGACAUCAUCCAAGAGUAUGUGACUCUGAGAACACGCUACAGUGAGCUGAUGACUCUUUCGACACAGUAUAUUAAAUUCAUCAUUGAGACACAUCGCCGUCUAGAGGAUGAGGUGAAAGCUGCCGAAAAACUUAAGGAAGAAGAUAGAAAAAAGCUGGCCGAGAUGCAGGCCGAGCUAGAAAAGCAAAGGCAGUUAGCUGAAUCUCACGCAAAGGCUAUUGCUAAAGCAGAACAAGAGGCAAAUGAGCUGAAGACCAAGAUGAAAGACGAAGUCAGCAAGCGACAGGACGUCGCUGUCGAUGCUGAGAAACAGAAGCACAAUAUUCAGCGAGAGCUUCAGGAGCUCAAAAGCCUUUCUGACCAGGAAAUCAAGUCUAAGACUCAACAGGUAGAGGAAGCCCUCCAAAGCCGCACCAGAAUUGAAGAAGAAAUCCGUAUAAUCCGUCUCCAGUUAGAGACAACAAUGAAACAAAAAAGCACUGCUGAAACAGAGCUUCAACAGCUCAGGGAAAAAGCUUCAGAUGCCGAAAAACUUCGAAAAGCAGCGCAGGAUGAAGCAGAGAAGCUUCGGAAGCAAGUUGCCGAAGAGACUCAGAAGAAACGCAAGGCAGAAGAGGAGCUUAAACUGAAAUCAGAGGCAGAAAAGGAGGCUGCCAAAGAGAAAAAGAGGGCCCUUGAGGAUCUUGAGAAGUUCAAGCUUCAAGCUGAAGAAGCUGAGAGGCACAUGAAGCAAGCAGAGCUGGAAAAGCAGAGACAGAUUCAAGUGGUAGAGGAGGUGGCUAAGAAAACUGCAGCCACUCAGCUUGAGAGUAAACAGUUGUCAUUGACAGCAAAACUGGAAGAAUCACUCAAACAUGAGCAGGUGAUGGUCAUUCAACUGCAGGAAGAGGCGGAACAUCUCAAAAAGCAGCAAGCUGAAGCAGAUAAGGCAAGAGAGCAGGCAGAAAAGGAGCUAGAAACAUGGAGACAGAAGGCUAAUGAAGCUCUCCGGCUCCGGCUCCAGGCAGAAGAAGAGGCCAAUAAGAAAACUGCAGCUCAGGAGGAAGCGGAGAAACAGAAGGAGGAAGCCAAACGGGAGGCAAAGAAGAGAGGAAAAGCUGAGGAGGCUGCCCUUAAACAGAAAGAGUUUGCCGAAAAGGAACUGGAGAACCAAAGGAAAAUGGCUGAAGAAACUGCUAAACAGAAGCUUGCAGCAGAGCAAGAGCUUAUUAGAUUAAGAGCAGAUUUUGAGCAUGCUGAACAACAGAGAACUGUCUUGGAUGAUGAGCUCCAACGUCUCAAAAAUGAUGUCAAUGCUGCUGUCAACCAGAAGAAGGAGCUUGAGGAGGAACUGGUCAAAAUUAGGAAGGAGAUGGAGGUUCUACUGCAGAUGAAAUCCAAAGCUGAGAAAGAGUCUAUGUCAAACACUGAAAAGAGCAAACAACUACUUGAAUCUGAGGCUGCCAAAAUGAGGGAACUGGCUGAAGAGGCAACUAAACUGAGGUCAGUUGUAGAAGAAGCAAAGAAACAGAGGCAGAUUGCAGAAGAAGAAGCUGCCCGUCAGAGAGCAGAGGCUGAGCAGAUCCUCAAAGAAAAGUUAGCAGCUAUCAACGAAGCAACCCGUCUAAAAACUGAGGCUGAGAUCGCUUUGAAAGAGAAGGAGGCUGAAAAUGACCGUUUAAAGAGAAAAUCCGAAGAAGAGGCCUACCAGAGGAAAGUUCUCGAAGAUCAAGCGGCUCAGCAUAAGCAAGCAAUUGCAGAAAAGAUUGAUCAGCUCAAGAAAUCUUCAGACACUGAGCUCGAUAGGCAAAAGAAAAUCGUAGAAGAAACCUUGAAGCAGAGGAAAGUGGUGGAGGAGGAGAUCCACAUUCUCAAACUCAAUUUUGAAAAAGCUUCAACUGGCAAACAGGACCUUGAACUUGAGCUUAACAAACUGAAGGGCAUUGCAGAGGAGACACAGAAGAGCAAAGCGAAGGCUGAGGAAGAGGCAGAGAAAUUCCGAAAACUUGCUUUGGAAGAGGAGAAAAAAAGGAAAGAGGCAGAGGCCAAGGUGAAAAAAAUCCAGGCUGCAGAAGAAGAGGCGGCAAGACAACACAAAGCUGCUCAAGAGGAGGUUGACCGUCUUAUAAAGAAAGCAGAAGAUGCCAAAAAGCAGAAAGAGAUUGCAGAGAAAGAAGCCGAGAGACAGAUCGUUUUAGUCAAAGAGGCUGCACAGAAGUGCUCUGCUGCUGAGCAGAAAGCCCAAGAUGUUCUUCUCCAGCAAAAUAAAGACAGCAUGGCGCAGGAUAAACUCAAGGAAGAGUUUGAAAAAGCAAAGAAACUGGCACAAGAUGCAGAAAAGGCUAAAGACAAGGCUGAGAAAGAGGCUGCCCUGUUGCAGAAGAAAGCAGAGGAAGCUGAACGUCAAAAGCAGGCAGCUGAGGCUGAAGCUGCCAAACAGUCCAAAGCCCAGGAAGAUGCUGAAAAACUGAGGAAGGAAGCUGAAAAGGAAGCUUCCAGACGGGCUGAGGCAGAGGCUGCUGCUUUAAAACAAAAGCAAGAGGCUGAUGCGGAAAUGGCCAAGUACAAAAAGCUUGCAGAAAAGACCCUGAAGCAGAAGUCUUCAGUUGAGGAGGAGCUAGUGAAGGUUAAAGUGCAACUUGAUGAGACAGACAAACAGAAAUCUAUCCUUGAUGAUGAACUUAAGAGACUCAAACAAGAGGUCAGUGAUGCUAUGAAGCAGAAGGCUCAAGUAGAGGAUGAGCUCUCUAAAGUCAAGAUUCAGAUGGAGGAAUUACUAAAACUGAAACUUAAAAUUGAAAAGGAAAACCAAGAGCUUAUGAAGAAAGAUAAAGAUAACACAAAGAAACUCCUUGAGGAGGAGGCUGAGAACAUGAAAAAAUUGGCAGAGGAGGCAGCACGGCUCAAUAUUGAGGCUCAAGAAGCUGCAAGAUUACGACAAAUUGCAGAGUCUGAUCUCGCCAAACAGAGGGAACUGGCUGAUAAGAUGCUGGAAGAGAAAAAGCAGGCUAUUCUUGAGGCAACAAAACUGAAGGCUGAAGCUGAAAAGCUCCAGAAACAGAAAGAUCAGGCACAGGUAGAGGCUCAAAAGCUGUUAGAGGCCAAAAAGGAGAUGCAGCAGCGUCUGGAGCAGGAGACUGAAGGCUUCCAGAAAUCUUUAGAGGCUGAACGCAAGAGGCAAUUAGAGAUUACCGCAGAGGCUGAGAAACUAAAGAUGAAGGUGACGCAGCUAAGUGAUGCUCAGUCAAAAGCGGAGGAGGAAGCCAAAAAAUUCAAGAAACAAGCAGAUGAAAUCAAAAACCGUCUGCUAGAGACUGAAAAACAGACUUCAGAAAAACACACUGUUGUUAAGAAACUGGAAGUACAGAGACUGCAGAGCAAAAAAGAGGCUGAUGAUCUGCAUAAAGCAAUCGCAGAGCUUGAGAAAGAAAAGGAAAAACUGAAAAAAGAGGCUGCUGACUUACAAAAACAAUCAAAAGAGAUGGCCAAUGUGCAACAAGAACAGUUACAGCAGGAAAAGACUAUCCUCCAGCAGACUUUCUUUGCAGAAAAAGAGACACUGCUGAAGAAGGAGAAAGCCAUUGAGGCAGAGAAAAAGAAGCUGGAGAAGCAAUUUGAAGAUGAAGUGAAGAAGGCUGAAGCACUUAAAGAUGAACAGGAGCGUCAGAAAAAGCAAAUGGAGGAGGAGAGAAAGAAACUGCAGUCUGCCAUGGAUGCUGCUAUCAAAAAGCAAAAGGAUGCUGAGGAAGAGAUGAAUGACAGGCAAAAAGAAAUGCAAGAGCUUGAAAAGAAAAGAAUUGAACAAGAGAAACUUCUGGCAGAGGAAAACAAGAACUUGCGAGAAAAACUCCAGCAGCUUCAGAGUUCACAAAAGCCAUCCCACACCAAGGAGAUUGAAAUUCAAACUGACAAAGUCCCUGAAGAAGAGUUAGUUCAAAUGACCAUGGUUGAAACAACAAAGAAGGUCCUAAAUGGCUCUACAGAAGUGGAUGGUGUGAAAAAAGAUGUACCCCUGGCAUUUGAUGGAAUCAGAGAGAAGGUGCCUGCAAGCAGACUCCAUGAGAUUGGUGUGCUCAGCAAAAAAGAAUUUGACAAGCUUAAGAAAGGCAAAACAACUUUGCAAGAGCUUUCUAAGAAUGACAAGGUCAAGAUGUGCCUAAAAGGUAAAGAUUGCAUUGGCGGUGUAAUAGUUGAACCCAACCAGAAAAUGAGCAUUUAUCAAGCUUUGAAGGACAAGAAGAUUACACAAAGCACAGCUAUGAUGCUUCUUGAAGCCCAAGCUGCAUCUGGUUACAUAAUUGACCCCAUUAAGAACAGAAGACUUUCUGUAAGCGAAGCUGUGAAGGAUACCUUGAUUGGACCCGAGUUGCACACCAAGUUGUUAUCGGCCGAAAGGGCCGCCACAGGAUUCAAAGAUCCAUUCACUGGAAACACAAUCUCACUGUUUGAAGCAAUGAAAAAAGGUUUGAUCGCAGAAGACCAGGCCACAAAACUUCUUGAUUCUCAAUAUGCAACUGGUGGGAUAAUUGAUCCUGUCAAUAGCCACCGUGUACCAGUGCAAAUGGCUUGCACACAAGGUCAGCUUGAUGAUGAUCUAAGCAAAAUUCUGUCCAGCCCUCCUGCUGACAAAAAAGCAUUCAUUGAUCCCAACACUCAGGAUAGCCUCACUUAUCGUGAGCUACUGGAGCAAUGCAAACCAGAUCCUGAGACAGGCAUUCCAUUACUACCAAUCACAGAACAUGCAUCCCAAAUUGAAAGAACUUAUACUGAUGAGGAGACUAAAGAUGUAUUUAGUAAGGCAAACCUAACAGUUCCAUUUGGAAGAUUCAAAGGAAAGGCUGUCACAAUUUGGGAGGUCAUAAACUCUGAGUACUUCACUGAAGAACAGAGAAAGGAUCUUAUCCGUCAAUACAAGACAGGCAAAAUUACAGUUGAAAAAGUUAUUAGAAUUGUAAUAACUGUUGUAGAGGACAAGGAAAACAAGAAGGAACCUGCAUUUGAUGGUUUGAGAUCAUCAGUGCCAGCGUCUGAACUUCUGGAAGCAAAGGUUAUUAAUAAAGAUUUGUUCAACAAAUUGCACAAUGGAAAAGCUACUCUUAAAGAGGUGUCUGAGCUUGAACCCGUCAAGAAAGCCCUAAAGGGGACACACAGUAUUGCUGGAGUGCAGAUUGAGUCAACUUCUGAAAAGAUGUCUUUCUAUGAAGCCAUGAAGAAGGACUUACUUGGAACAGAGCCUGCGCUAAACCUUCUGGAGGCCCAGGCUGGAACAGGCUUCAUAAUUGAUCCAGUGAAAAACCAAAAGCUCACAGUUGAUGAAGCAGUCAAAAGUGGUGUUGUUGGCCCAGAGCUGCAUGAGAAAUUGUUGUCUGCGGAAAGAGCUGUUUGUGGUUACAAAGAUCCAUAUACUGGAAAAACUGUAUCUCUGUUUGAAGCAAUGCAAAAAGAUCUCAUUAAGAAAGACCAAGGUGUCCGUCUGUUGGAAGCUCAACUUGCAACUGGAGGAAUUAUUGAUCCUGAUAAAAGUUACCGCAUCACUCCAGAUAUUGCAUAUAAACGUGGUUACCUAAAUGAGGAGAUAAAUCAAGACAUAAGCAGCCCAUCAGUCUCCAAUAAAGUAUUCAUUGACCCCAACACACAAGAAAAUGUCACUUAUGCUGAACUUCUGAAAAGAUGCAUUACUGAUAAGCAGACUGGUCUUCCAUUGCUUCCACUAUCUGAAAAGGCAAUCAAGUCUAAAGAAAUAGAACCAGUUUCUGAUGCACAAACUAAAGAGACCUUGAGCCAUGCUACAGUUGAGUUGCACAGUGGACUUUUUAAAGGAAGAAUAAUCACCAUUUGGGAAAUUAUCAACUCUGAAUAUUUCACAGAGGAACAAAGGAUUGAAUUUAUUCGGCAGUAUAGAUCACAAAAAAUCACUAUUGAAAAACUGAUCAAGAUUGUGAUCGCUACAGUGGAUGAAAAAGAAAAGAAGGGACAGGACAACUUUGAUGGUUUCAGAGGACCUGUACCAGCCAGUUCCUUACUUGAAUCUAAAAUCAUUGACAAAGACACCUAUGACAAAAUCCAACAAGGAAAAAAGAAACCUGCAGAAGUUAGUGACUCCAUUAAACGCUACUUGCAAGGUUCUGAUUCUAUUUCUGGGGUAUUUUUGGAAAAAACAAAGGAAAAGCUCAGCAUUUACCAAGCAAUGAAGCAGAAACUGCUGACACCAAACACAGGUCUGUCCCUGCUUGAAGCUCAAGCAGCUACUGGCUACAUAGUUGAUCCUAUCAGGAAUGAGAAGUUUGUAGUGGAUGAUGCUGUUAAGGCUGGCAUUGUUGGUCCAGAGCUUCAUGAAAAACUGCUUUCAGCAGAGAAAGCUGUUACUGGUUACAAAGAUCCAUACACUGGUAAUAAGAUCUCUCUUCUUCAAGCAAUGCAAAAGCAGCUUGUUCUAAGAGAACAUGCCAUACCUCUUCUAGAUGCCCAGGAGGCCACUGGAGGGAUAAUUGAUCCAGUAAAUAGCCAUCGACUUCCUAAUGAUAUAGCCAUUCAGCGUGGCUACUUCAGCAAGCAAUUAGCCAAAUCUUUUAAAGACCCCACAGAUGACAUCAAAUGUUUCACUGACCCCAACAAAGAUGAAAAUGUCACAUACAAACAACUGAAAGAGAGAUGUAUCACCGAUCCAGAAUUUGGAAUUGCCCUGUUACCACUUUCUAAAGCCCAGACUCCCGAGCAAGCGGAGAAAUCCUAUGUUUACACUGAGGAACAAGCAGAAACAGAUUUAGCUAACACCCAAAUAGCCAUACCACAUGAGAGUUAUGCAGGAAAACAAGUGACAUUAUUGGAAGUCAUGAAAUCAGAUUUGCUUCCUGAAGAGGAAAAACAAAGGCUCCUUGAACAGUAUCGUUCAGGCAAAAUCACAAAAGAAAGAAUGAUCAUUAUUAUAAUUGAAAUAAUUGAACAAAGAGAGAUCAUCAAGACUGAGCAGAGUAUGUCAUGUGAUGUAAUCAGACGCCGGGUUACUAUUGAUGAACUUUACAGAGCGCGUAUUAUAGACCUCGAAACUUACAAUCUGCUCAAACAAGGCAAGAAAACAAUCCGGGAAGUUAUGGAGAUGCCAAGUGUGAAGCAGUAUCUCUUUGGAACCGGCAGCAUUGCUGGAGUUCUUUCAGAUAACUAUGCUAAGGUAAGCAUCUACCAAGCCAUGAAAAGAGGUCUCAUUAAACCUGACAUUGCCAUUGAUCUGUUGGAGGCACAAGCAGCCACAGGAUUCAUCACUGACCCUGUGAAAGAUGAAUUGUUGACAGUUGAUGAGGCUGUACGGAAGGGUCUUGUUGGCCCAGAGAUCCAUGACAAACUCUUGUCUGCUGAGAGAGCAGUCACAGGUUAUAAGGAUCCCUACAGUGGUAAGGUCAUUUCUCUAUUCCAAGCCAUGAAAAAGGACCUUGUUCCUGAGGAUUAUGCCAUGAAGCUUUUGGAGGCCCAGGUAGCAACAGGUGGUCUCAUGGAUCCAGAGUACUACUUCCGCCUCCCAAUUGAUGUUGCCAUGCAACGUGGUUACAUGAACAAAGAAACCAGUGAGAGGAUAUCUGAUCCAAGUGGAGAUGUCAAACAGUUUACAGAUCCAACAACAGAUGAAAAGCUGUCUUAUGCUCUACUUCUCAAAAGAUGCAAAGCUGAUAAAGAGAGUGGCUUACAAUUAUUGUCUCUGGCAGACAAGAGACUUCUAUUUAAGGGCCUUAGAAAACAAAUCACUCCAGACGAGUUGUUGCGCUCUCAAAUUAUUGAUCAGAAGACCUACACAGCACUGAUGGAGGGUACCAUUUCUGUUGAGGACCUCAGUAAAGACCUGAAGAAAUUUCUUGAAGGCAUCAGCUGUAUUGCAGGUGUGUUUGUAGAGGCUACAAAAGAUCGACUUUCAGUCUACCAAGCCAUGAAGAAGAACAUGAUCAGACCAGGCACUGCCUUUGAACUUCUGGAGGCUCAAGCAGCUACUGGGUAUGUGAUUGAUCCAAUCAAAAAUCUCAAAAUGAAUGUCAUUGAAGCUGUAAAAACGGGAGUCGUAGGACCAGAAUUUAAAGACAAGCUUCUCUCUGCUGAACGAGCUGUGACUGGCUACAAAGAUCCAUACUCUGGCAAGGUGAUCUCCCUGUUCCAGGCUAUGAAGAAAGGUCUUAUUCUGAAAGACCAUGGUAUCCGUUUGCUUGAGGCUCAAAUAGCCACCGGUGGAAUCAUUGAUCCUGAAGAGAGUCAUCGACUUCCUGUUGAAAUGGCUUACAAACGGGGUCUAUUUGAUGAGGAGAUGAACGAUAUUCUCACUGAUCCCUCUGAUGACACUAAAGGGUUCUUCGAUCCAAACACGGAGGAGAAUUUAACUUACCUCCAGCUGAUGGAGCGUUGUAUAACAGAUCCUGAAACUGGACUUUCUCUUUUACUGCUGAAAGAAAAGAAACGUGAAAGAAAGACAUCCUCUAAGUCCUCAGUCCGCAAACGUAGAGUGGUUAUUGUAGAUCCAGAAACAGGAAAAGAAAUGUCUGUGUAUGAGGCAUACCGCAAAGGGCUCAUUGACCAUCAAACAUACAUUGAACUUGCAGAGCAAGAGUGUGAAUGGGAAGAAAUUACCACCUCAUCAUCAGAUGGAGUUGUCAAGUCUAUGAUCAUUGACAGAAGGUCUGGACGGCAGUAUGACAUUGAUGAUGCAAUCUCCAAGGGCCUCAUAGACCAAUCUGCUUUGGACCAGUACCGUGCUGGCACCCUUUCUAUCACUGAAUUUGCAGACAUGCUCUCUGGCAAUAUGAGUGGCUUCAGAUCUCGUUCAUCUUCCUUUGGGUCAAGCUCAUCCUAUCCCAUGAGUCCAGUUCCCUCCAUAAAGACUCCGGCUACAACCUGGACUGAUCCAACUGAGGAAACUGGACCAGUGGCUGGAAUCUUAGAUACAGAUACUUUGGAAAAGGUGUCAGUUACAGAGGCUAUGCAUCGGAAUCUAGUUGACAACAUCACUGGUCAAAGACUACUUGAAGCACAAGCAUGCACAGGGGGAAUUAUUGAUCCAAACACUGGUGAGAAAUUCUCUGUUGCUGAUGCAAUGAACAAAGGGCUGGUGGACAAGAUCAUGGUUGAUCGUAUCAACCUAGCACAGAAAGCUUUUCAGGGAUUUGAAGAUCCAAGAACCAAAACCAAAAUGUCUGCCGCUCAAGCCUUAAAGAAGGGUUGGCUCUACUACGAAGCUGGCCAACGUUUUCUUGAAGUCCAGUACUUAACAGGCGGUUUAAUUGAACCAGAUGUUACAGGAAGAGUAUCAUUGGAUGAUGCUGUUAAGAAGGGCACUCUAGAUGCACGCACUGCACAGAAACUAAGAGAUGUCAGUGGAUAUUCCAAAUACCUAACCUGCCCCAAAACAAAACUCAAGAUCUCAUACAAGGAUGCCAUGGACAGAAGUAUGAUAGAAGAAGGAUCUGGCAUGAGGUUGCUAGAGGCAUCCUCUCAGUCAAGUAAAGGCCUUUACAGCCCAUACAGCGUCAGUGGCUCUGGAUCAACUUCGGGGUCUAGGUCUGGAUCCAGAACUGGUUCAAGAUCAGGCUCUAGAAGGGGAAGUUUUGAUGCUACAGGCUCAGGUUUCUCCAUGGGUUUUUCCUCAUCCUACAGCCCCACUAGUUAUGGCCGCCGUUAUGAUUCAGGGGUACAUGGUGGACUUCAGAUGGAUGAGCUAAAGCAAGCCCUCACAGCUUUAGCAUCAGGCAGGAACUGUUGCUAUGAUGAAAAGAGAAUAUUCACAUCAUCACAAAAUCAGUCCUCUUUAGUUGCUUAAUUUAUGUACACAAAAGUACAUUUAUCCUGCUCUGCAUGAUAUUGCUAAUGGGCUUUUUUUACUGAUGGGAAUAAUAUUGCUAUAUAAGACUGGCUUUAAUUUUAUUUCAUUUUUAUAUAUUUAGUUUAAUAUACAGAUGUUUUCCCUUUUCAUUUUCACAUGACAAUAUGAAACAAUCAUAUACAGUUUUUCUGCACAACAUGGCAGAAUCUUAUUCAUAUAUUUUUUAUAUUCAAUCUUUUCAACUAUUAGCAGUGUUACAUACUUAUAGCCUCUUUUUUGUAUUGUUUUGUUUGUUUGUUUUUUUCAUGUACCUUGUAAAUUGGCACAUGAAUAAUACUGAAAAGUUUCAAGAAUGUUUAGAUUUAUUGGAGAGGAUAUGGUAAUGCUUCAGAUGAGAUGUAAAAGUUAUUUGUUAUAUAUUUUUGUGUAUGUUUGUGUAAAGAUCCUUAUGAUAUCAAUACACCUUUGGUCAUAAUUAAACACUGAACAUUUUAAGCCAGCAUGGGAAAAAAAAGAGGGCGGGGAGCUGUUGACUAUCUGCAGAGUGGAAUAAAGUCCAUUUGGACACUCGUUAUGAUUGGGAGCAUGUUAGUAAACAAAACAUUACACAACUUGGCAGCACUGCCAUGGCCGCUGUUCUGUAGAAAUUCAUUCUCUUCUCAUUAUUGAAAACUAGAGAACAAUAAAGUUUGUACUAUGCAGUCUUACUAGAUAAAGUACAGCCAUCUUAAAAACUGAAGAUCAUUACAGAAUUUGCCACAAAUCACACUAAAUAUGACAUAUUUAAAAGCAUAACUCAAAUCCCAACCAUAAUUUGCCUCUGGUCCUUUCCAGAAUAAUCUGAUUUAAAGGGGACCUCACUUGCGCCUUAACCUUGUGUGACAUCUGCAUUAACUUUCUUGUAAAUGUAAUGUGCACCCUCAACAGGCUUAAAAUAUAAAGCCUAAAGACAAUAAUUAUGUUUCACUGCAGAUUAUAUUAUUAUACAGAUGUAGAAUUUUUAGCAUAAAAGUGUUAUAUUGUUUGGGACACUCCCUUCUAUGUUACAAUGUCAGUUUAAAUAUUAACUAACCUGGCCAAUUUCAAUUCAAACACCUGCUUUUGUUUUUUUGCAGAAAAGCUCAUGCACUGUGUAGUUAUCAAAUGAAAUGAAUAUUAUAAAUGAUGGGUCUUUUUUUUCUUUUCUUUUUUUUAAUCAGUAGAUGUCCCUUUCUGAGAGGGCACUGUGUCUACAGAGUUGCAUAUUUACUGACACCUGUCAACAGAUUUUACAGAAACCGAGGUAUUGAUGUUUAAUGUAGACUUGAAGACAUGGUUAAUGAUUUUUGUCAUAUGCCAUAAAAUACUUAAGAUUUUUAGAAUACAAUAAAGCAAUUAGCAGAAAAAAAACCCUGGAACCUUGAAUAUGCCCAGUCUACCUCUUCUUUAAAUUCAAGUCCCCAAUUGUUAUGCAAACUAACUUUGUUUUGAAUCAUCAGAUGGCUCCAUAUCUUGCACUGCCACUUGAGCUCCACCUUUGUGUUUAGAGAAUAUGAAAUGGAUUGCUCCUUUCAAAAGAAUCACAUUGUGAUCUUUCAACCAACAUACAUGUUCCACUACCUUUAUUUAUGCUCCAUUUACAGCUUAUGAAUUUAUUUGAUUGAAUAGAAUUAAAAACACUAAUGGUCUAGAAGAAAUUGGUUUAGUCAACUGAUAUUCAUAUUGUUCAAUUUUACCUAAAUCUGAAGUGUUUAGUGUACUAGAAACGUUGGUGCGUAAAUCACAGGACAUUCUCUCUGUAAAUCAGUCGCAAUACUGCAUAAUAAUAUCUUGUGUGUUGGUAUAAUGUUGUAGGCCUAUUGACAAGCUUUACAAAUAAUUUAAUAUCGAUCUCUGAACUGAAUGUAGAUGUUUACAAAAACAAGGACUCUGUAGGUUAACAAAUAAUGACAUAUCUAAAACUGAAUUACAAUUCAUGUAAUUGGAAACGAAAGACUGAAUUGCAAAGGCACAAAAAGAAAAUCUGUUUCAGUCUCUUUAAUGUGUUUUGUUCGGGGGGUUUUUAGACUUUUGUUUCACUGUACUGUAAAUCAUAAUACUUCAAUUUUAGUUAUAUUUUCCUACAUUAUAUAUUCUGCUUUUUAUGUUCUACUAACAUGAUUAAAAUGAUGCAAUAUGAGCAGAUAUACUCAGCAAAGCCUUUUUUUUUUAAGUAAGCUUUUUGAGGCACUAAAAGGUAUAUUUGAAACUGUUCUGAUAUUAAAUGCAUGACCUGAGUAUGGUAUUUACAGGAUGAAAUGUUAAUAUUCUAUUGUAAAUAAACAUUAAAUAUCUGCUG